AUGGAGCUGAACGGGAAGAAGAAACUUCAUGCUCUUUCCUUGGCAGAGAAGAUCCAGGUGCUGGAGAUGCUGGACGAAUCCAAGAUGUCCCAGUCAGAGGUGGCCCGUCGCUUCCAAGUCUCCCAGCCCCAGAUCUCCCGCAUCUGCAAGAACAAGGAGAAGCUGUUGGCUGACUGGUGCAGCGGGACAGCCAACCGGGAGCGGAAGCGCAAGCGGGAGUCUAAAUACAGCAGCAUCGAUGAGGCCCUGUUAUGCUGGUUCCACAUUGCCCGCACCAAGAUGUGGGACGUCACGGGACCCAUGCUGCUCCAGAAAGCCAAGGAGCUUGCGGACAUCAUGGGCCAGGAGUUUGUGCCUAGCAUCGGCUGGCUGGUGCGGUGGAAGCGCCGUAACAAUGUCUGCUUUGGCCAGCGACACCCGGUACGAGCUGUCCACACCCCGGAGCCCCUGUACAACAAGGGGCCGGUGCCGGCUUCCCUCAGCCUGCCCCAGCUGCUGAAGGAUUUUGCCCCGGAGAACGUUUUUGGCUGCGGGGAGGUGGUGCUCCUGUAUAAGGCCAUGCCUGGCAGGGAGCGGGAGGGCAGGGAGUGGCUGUGCGUGGUGCUGUGUGUGAACAGGAGCGGCACGGAGAAGCGGAAGCCCGUGGUGGUCGGCAGGCGGCUGGCUCCGCGAUGUUUCUUUGGGGUCAACACGGAAGCUUUGCCGGUCCUUUACCGCAGCAGCACCGAUGGGCAGCUGACACCAGAGCUCUUCUCGGAGUGGCUGAUAGACUUUGACCGGGAGAUGGGCCGGCAGCACCGCAGUGUGGCACUGGUGCUGGAUGCUGAGCGGCGCUGCCCCGAGCCAGAGCCUGCCAACAUCCGCCUGGUCUUCCUGCCCCCGCAGCCUCGCCACAAUGACGGCCCCUCGCUCUGCCCGCUCCACCCCGACCUCAUCCGGGAUUUCAAGUCCCGCUACAAGCGCAGGCUUCUGGGCAAAGUGUCCUCCAUCGGCAACGAGACCGACAGCUCCCCCACCUCCAUCGCCGCCUCCAUCACCAUGCUGGAUGCCCUCCACAUGGUGGCAGCCGCUUGGGACAAAGUCCAGCCCUCCCUGGUGGAACAGUGCUUUGGGGAGGCCGGCUGCUCCACGGGGAAGGGGUCCCUGGGGUCCUCCAGCCAUGCCCCCCCCAGGGGGAUGAGCCCGGAAGAAUUCCAGAGCUUUGUUGACAUGGAGACGGAGCUGGCCUGUCCCCCAGCCCUGCCCCCAGCCAGGGCCUACAAGGAGGAGGAAGAGGAGGAGCAGGAGGGGGAGGACCUUUUUGGCAGCCUGCCCACCAAGGCCGAUGCCCUGAAGGCCCUGGGGACUCUGCGGCGCUGGUUUGAGUGCAACGGCUCGGCCGAGGGGGUCUUCCAGCAGUUCUACAGCUGCGAGGAGGAGGUGGAGCGGCUGUGCUGCCAGUGAGCGCCCAACUCCCCACACUGCCUCCGGCGGCCUCCCAACGCUGGAGCAUGGAGGGGCUGGUGGCCCUGUACCGCACUCACUCAGUGCUUGGAGAGUGGGAUUCCAGCCCAAUCCUGCAGUGCCUGAGCGCUGGGGGACUGGAGUCAUCCCCCACUGGGGGGCACGAGGGACUGGAUUCAUGCCCCCAUUCUCUGCCAUGGCCUCUGAGAGCUGGUUCUGGGGAAGAGGAAUUGGAGACUAGCCCUUUUCUUUCUUCUGGGCGCAUCUUUAUGGGCAUAUAAAGAUCUGAAAGAGCCUGCAUUGGUAGUUACUGCUGUUACCACCACCCUCAGCAGGAUCCUCAGCCAAAUAUUUUCCACUGGCAAUUCUGGGGUUCCCCCAUUUCAAGGGUGUCCUGCUAGUCACCACCCCAAAAGGGGCCAGGCCUCUUUAGAACUGGGGCUUGAGUCAGGUUCGUGUCAUCUUAAUGGAAUCACAAUUACUGCAACUCUCCCCCACUUCCGACUCGGGCUUGGAAACUUUUGCCCACAGAACUGCACUUCUGCAUGAAAUAAAUCCAGGGAAGAAAGAAAGGGGGAAGUUGAAUUUUGACAGUUUUUCUCCCAAUUGUUUGAGCUCUAGGCAUUCAACAAAAACAAAACCGACCCCCCAAAAUAGCAAUAGCAACACCAGCCCGACUGGGGAGAACAGCCUCCGCAUUAAAUGGAUUUCUUUUCUAGGCACCUUAUUAUCCUUCAGCUUCCCAGAGAUCCAAGGAAAGGGAGGAAGAGAAGUGAUGUUUUAAUAUGAGGUAGUACACCACCCAGAGCCAGCAGCCUCUGAUCUUUGGAUGGGAAGAUUUAACUUCCACAGCUGCAGAGGUGAACAGUAGUGGGGGCCUGGAGGUAGGGCACUGGUCUGGAAGUCAGGACUCCUGGGUCCUAUUCCUAGCUCUGGGAGGGGAGUGGUGUCUAGUGGUCAGAGCAGAGGAGGCUGGGACUCAAGAUUCCUGGGUUCUAUCCCCAGCUCUGAGUGGGGCGUGGUGUCUACACUGCAAUGUAAGCCCAGAGUUUGAACUCAGGCCUAACCCCCCUUCCAUCUACACACAAAUUGCACUAACCCAGGGUCAGAGGACCCCACAGGAGUAGAGGGUCCAAGCCUGAGUUAAGCUGGGACCCAGGGUUCAAGCCCUAUUGCUUUGUAGUGUAAAGUCCCACUGGACUCAAGCUCUGGGAGUCUGCCAAUGGUCUCCCACAAUUCCAUGGGUCAACUUUCUUUGUCCUCUGGACAGGCAAAGUUUCCCACCCUGCACCAAGACCAAAGGGCUAGAGCAGCCACAUUUUGGGAGGAUGCAAGGAAGUGUGGGACACAGUAGUUGGACUCAGGCCUGCACAAUGCAGCAGCCCUAGGGUGGGACCCAGGGUUCAACAAUUCCUAACCCAGGGUUACAAAGGAGUGUAGGCACUCAAGCCCUAGGUUAACAAACCCAGGAUCUAUGACCUCCAGUUCCACUAACCCUGGAUUGUCAUUGCAGUGUAGACAGGCCCUGGGAGUUCUGACUUCUUCAGGACUCUAUUCCCGGCUCUGCUCCGACCUGGAGCAAGUCCCAAAUCCUCCGUGCCUCAGUUUCCUCUCCCACCCUUCGUCUAUUUAGAUUCAGCUCUUCGGAGGCAGGAACCAUCUCUCACCAGGUCUACAGGGCCCAGCAUAAUGGGGGUUCUAAGUGCUACCGUAAUGCUCCUAAUAAAUGAGAAAAUA